AUGGCGGGAAGGGCGAUGAAAAUAGCACUUGCGGUACUGGGAAGUUUGCUCGGGCUGUGCACCGUACUGGUACAGGGCAGUGAGGUUAAUAGUGAAACUACGCUUACCGCACGAUCGGAUCAGUACUACGAUGAGAUGUGGUAUCGAUUCUGGACCUUUCCUGUGACGAUGGCCAUCAAGGCGAAGGUGGUGGCGUGGCUGUUGUUCAUCACGUACUUUAGCACGAUCAUGCAGGCACUGGUGUACCAGCGAUCGGAACCCCAACUGCCGGAAAUAUAUUCCGUGCCGGCCCACGGCGAUUGGGGGUAAGUGAGAAAAAUGUAAAAAAGUG